AUGUCUUGGGGCAUACCAAUGGAACACUUUGAUCCGAUCCACUUGUUUUGGAACAUGCAAGAUAGCAUUCAAACAGCUGACAAAGACUCCAAUCCGGGUACUAUUCCAGUCUUACAGCACACAAGCUCAAACCAUCCUGAUAGGCUUAGUAUGAUCAGCCCCCAGCAUUGGAGUCAUGAAAAUGAUCAGAUGUACCAUACCACAUCCACAAUCACUCCCUUCCAAAACUUUGAAGGUUCAACUACAAAUGAGUUUCAUGGAACCAGAUCCUUGCCAGGUUCCCUCUACACAGAUACAUUUGGGAAUUAUUGCAAUCAUAAUGAUCUACCCUUGGUUUCACUAGAAGAUCCAUCUAAUCAAAACCUGAACAAUGCAGUGCAAACAGAUUUCUCUGAUACAGAAUGGUUGGAUCACUGGAUACAAGAUUUACCAACUCCAAAGCUCUCAAAUACUCUGGAUCCAGAACCUGAACUACCCAUAAAUCAUUCUUCAAACUCAAAUUCUAGGAAAGAUGCUCAAUUAUAUGGUCCUCUGGUACCAGAGGACUUGCACCAGUUUGCAACAGAAUUGCCACAAUCAUCAAUUUAUUCAUCACAUUGGGUACACAACUUGAUACAUGAUGGGGUAGAUGCAGGAAACAUGUAUGCUCAUAAAUCAAGACCAACACACACUGGUCCAAGCAAUUAUCCCUCCAAUCCUAGCUUUUCAUCCACACACACCUCAGAGGUUGGGGAUUAUAAUAAUAUUCUUGGGAUAAAGUCAGGACAGCAGGAAAACUCUGUUUUAUCUGAAAAUCAAAGAAGAGAUGAUAAAAUCAAUCUACCCUAUAUGGCAUUCCAAAGCACAUAUCCCAAGAACAACUUUGAACAUCUGAUUUCCACACAUGAUGAAAACCAAUAUCUUUUGACUUCAGAAUGGGAAUCACAUCCUCUAGGGCACGAUCAGAUUCAAGGAGACCAUAUACUUACACCCAGUAUUCAGGGAAACAACAUAAAAUCAACACAAGUAGUCUUUGAAGAUAACCCAUCCCCCUCAUCAUUUUUAGCUUUGGAAGGAGCUGUAUCUGGAAAGGACUUGAAUUCCCCAGAUUCCAAUGAUAUUGGACCCCCAGGUAAAAAGAAGAAUUCUAAUGUGAAGAAAAGGAAACAGCCAAUUGCAAAGGAUGCAACCAUUGGCAGAUACCCAAGAACACAAAAUCAAAAAAUCACUAGUAUUUCUGGUGUUUCUAAUGGUGGGAUCUACAAAAACGCACAGGAUUCAAUAGCAAAUGGGGUAACUGAUCAUUUGUUGUUUGAAAGGUUGAUGAAGUUGAUCAGGAUCUUUGAUGAAUCAUAUCACCCCACAUACCUCACUUUUGAAGGACACUUGUUUCUUCCAGAGCUAAGUCAAGAGAUGGAAAAACACCCAGAGAAAGGUGAACUUUGGCACAAGAUUGGCCAGGCUCAAAAGGCAUUGAAUAUAAACUUCAUCAACCUUCUAUUAAUCUUACAACCUGAAGCUUCUACUCAGAAAGGUUCCAAAGCUAAACUGAUUCAAGAUGGAGUGUCAUUCUUGACAGAAAUGAUCUAUCAAUGGGUCUCUGUCAAAGUAGAAAAUGAUUCAAAACAUUGGAAAAAGUCCCCCCAUAUGUGCUAUGAUAUAUCUGAGCCUUCUUCUUUACUUCAAUAUGCUUCAAAGUUGAUGGAAUCAAAAUCACCAAGUCUGACAAUUCUUUGGAAAUUGUGGAAGAGGUGGUUUAGGUACUCUGCCUACCCAAUGAAAAAUGUUGCUGUGGGAAUCAAAGAAUUUGCUAGCUUGCUCAGAGACAAUCUCUUGGAGUUAAAACCAAGAAAUGGUAGUGAUGGAUCUAAACCACUUUUUGAAAACUAUCACUUGCAUCCUCACAAUCCUCUUCAUUUGGACAAUUCCAAGUACAGACUACCUGGAAAAUCCAGUAGGGGUGGACCUUACAGGUGGAGAGACUAUUACCAUCUAACAGUGCGUCUUGGGAGAUACCAAUACGAGAUGCUGACACUGCGUGUUGAAGCAGACACACAUUUUGAUCAGUUGAAUGAAUCCCUGAAGAAGAAGUGUUUGUCUGAAAAUCAAGGAGAUACAAGAUCACUGGGUAGAGUUGAUGGAUUUGUAAGAAAGCUCUAUAAAGAGUUUACACCAUGCUUUUUUGGUAGCCUUUUGGCUUUGAAAUUGGAACACAACAGCAGUAUAUCUAUUGAAGACUUGAUUGAUGAUGGUUGGAAAUUCCUUGCAAACUUUUUGAAUUUACUUGCAAGAUCAUGUUACACCAAGAAAGCAAAGAUUGAGGAGGCUGAUCCCAUGGCACAGAUGGCUAUGUCUCAUAUUUUGCCAUUCUCUCAGAGAGAUAAUCAUACAGGGAAUUUAUCUUUGGGAGCAGUAUUUUCACUACUGGUGGCCUGGUUCAAUCAAUCUUCAUUGCCAAACAAGCAGAUGGUAUGGAAUUCAACUGAUUUUUAUGCACUUAUCAAAAUAAUGCAUAGUAAAAACGAGUUUCCUGUUCUUGCAAUCAAAUGA